ACACUGUACAACUGUCAUCGCGGAUAAACCACAUAAUAAUAAAAAAAUAUUCUAAUCAACAUUAACUGCAAAUUAUUGUCUCGAUCACGAUACGUUUCUUCAUUUAUAAUGGUAAAUUCUGCAUUGGAUCCGUCUCCGGAUGGCUCAAAUAGAGACGAUGUGAAUCUGCGUAUUAUCCCGUUAAGUGCUCUUAAACAUGAAACUUGCAAACAUUUGUCGGCUAUGCUGAACAAACGAAAAGUGUUCCGAACGGAUGAUGGUUACUUCCGAGAUUGGAGAGGUUUAUUCCAGGUUAUUUGCUUGGACAAUCAAUAUACUUCAGACCUGCAGAACCAUGCCAAUCCCACUGCGCACAUUCUUCAUCUUUGGCAAAAAGCGGGAGCUAGAGCAAGAUAUGAACCAAACUUAUGGGAACUGCAACGUAUCCUUGUUUUGAUGGCACGUCACGAUGUGUGGGACGAUAGCGAGGCACGGAUAAAUGAUGAUGCGAGAAGUUUUUUGAUCGCCGAACUCAACCAUGUAAGUCAGAAGCAAAUUGUGAGUUGUGAAAAAUCCGAUGCUGACAUACUCACCAGAGAUGACACCUCAAGUCACAAACAGCAAUACGAUGCAUUUAUACUUUACGCUGAUAAAGAUGCUGAAUUCGCUUCCGAGAUAAUUGAGCGUAUGGAAGAAAGAAAUUUGAAGUUGUGUGUAAAAGAUCGUGACAUCCUCGCUGGGAUAGAAUUUGAACAUGAUGUGUUCGUACGGCUUAUUUCGGAACGUUGUCGCCGACUGAUUAUAGUGAUUUCGGAAGAGUUCCUAAAGAGUCCACUAAAUGAAUACUUCGUUAUGUUCGCGCGAGCUUUGCAAAUAGAACAGAAGAAAAGAAAAAUCAUACCCUGCGUGUAUGAGCGGAUGCAAUUGCCUAGCAAUUUGAGAUACUAUUUCACAUUGGAUUAUAAGCGCUCGAAUAAGCUUUACAAUUUCUGGGAAAAAUUAGAGGAUGCCCUUAUAGAUAAAUCUCUAAGAGCUCUGCCGGAAGUAAAUCUUCCUGCAUCGGUAACAGUUCCACAAAUUGUAAAUGUGCCUAAUGACAAAGCUGAUAUUGUUCAUGAACCACUAGAACAACAACCAGAAGAAACUAAUACAACGUCUAAUAAUACCGUAGAUAUCCGGAAAUCAUCGUGUAAUUCAGAGAAAAUGUUAACUUAUUCCGAAAACAAUACUAAAGAGUUAUGUAAAAAGAAGUGGUAUUCUAUACUGGGAAAAUCAUCAGCAAAAGUCAACUUGAACAGAUCCAAAGACAAACCUGACAAAAAGAAAAAGUGGUACAAAUCAAACAAGAAAAUGGCAACUGCUUUGUGAUAUUUAUUCGUGCCUUUUUCCCUACUUUUAACAAUGUAGUUCAAGCUCUCAAAUUAAUAAACCAGUGAAAUAUACAAGAUAUUUGUAUGUUGUUGAACUAAAUACAGUUAAAAAGCUCAA